AUUUUAUUCAGCAGUGCGCGGUAUAAACUGCAGCCUGCAUAUAUUUGCUGUAUAAGUACACUUUUUUUCUCUUUGUCUAUUUUCUUGCUCUUUGUAAACCAAGUUGUCUUAUUAGUGUAAAAUACAAUUACUUCACUCAGCAUCACCAGACGAAAAGACACAGGGUCUAAUACCUAUCAAUUAGACUCUCCCCGACUCACCCUCACUCACCGAAAUCAAAGUACAUUGAUGAGAAAAUGGGAAAUGCCUAUCAGCAGCAGCAGCGCUCUUCUUGGGUAGCGACACUGACAAGAAAUCAUAACAAGUCUUCAAUAACUUCCAGCAACAUCAACAAAGAAUCCUACAAGUACAGCAGCAACAACCGUUCUCCUUCGAUAUAUCGUCUACCUGACGAAGUUUUACUAUACCUUUUACAAUGCCCAAUUGUUGACUUUAACACGCUUUGUUCCAUCCUACAUACAUCGAAACGAUUGAGACAUGUAGCAUGCCAGGUAUUCCGCUACAAUUUACUGCCGUAUAUCCGGUUAGCCACUGUGAUUGAUCAAGAGGGACGCGGAAGAUGGACGUGCAUCUAUGCUUUCGACACUCUGAACGAGUCCACCUUGCAUGCAUCAUUUACUCCAAUAAAUUACAAGGGCCAACGCUAUCGUUACGACCCAUCCACGACAAAUGCGCCAACUCUACGCUAUAUUCUUGCCGCAAUGACGAACAGCUCAUCAACAACAGCGCCAUCUUCGUCUCGUUGCUAUUAUAGCAGUAACGAACCAAAUGCCUCUUAUACAGAACCGACGACAAUAAUACCAACAUCCUUCAUCAGAUCUUCUUCUCAACGACGGGAGUAUCAGCAACAGCAGAUUGAUAGCAACACAGAAUGGUUGAUGGUGGGUCAGAGUCGGCAAAUCCAUCAGCAGCAACAGCGUAUUAUAAACAAUCCCAAUCGACGUUUAAGUAUCAAACAGCAUAGGCAAAGAGUUGUCCAGGAGACGCUCAACAGCUCAACAGCAAUACUACAACCAUGUGGUGCUCAGCAACAGCAGGAGCACGUCGUGUGGCGCUUGUCAUACAUUGUAAACACUAUGCAGCAACAGGACCACAAGCCUUCUUGCUUGUCAGCAGCACCGCCCCACCUUGAUACCGCCACCACUGCUCAUACUCACAACACUGCAUGUUCUAAAAAGCGGACACCGCAUGAAGCAGCCGAUGAUUUAGGUGAUGACGACUAUACUACAACAACCUUACGCUACAUGGUUCCUGUUUCCUUGACUGCGGAUAUCACUGCACUGAGCGAAGGCUUUACCCAGCAUCAAAGAAUGUCACCUUGUCGCCGAUGGAUGAACCAGGUCAUGACAUUUACCUGGCUCAAGCGCAGAAAAUGGUGUCUUAAUGAUCGAAUACGGUGGUCUUCAUAGGAUACAUAGAACCACUUUAAUGGUUAUUAAAUUCCCUUUAAUUAGACUACUUUUGCUAUUAUCAUUGCUACUGUUGAAUGUGUUGCUGCUAAUAUCGCAUUAGAGAUAUGCACGUUAACAAUAAUUAAUUCAUCUCCUA